AAGUAUGCGUUGGCUUCUGGAUAGUGGUAGCUGGAAGAAAUUUGGACAUGCCGACAGGGGAAAUUAUGACUGGUUAACCAGUGAACAAGGUGUGCCAUUGGUGGAAACAGAGCUACAGAGUCAGCAUAAAGCAAGUUCAACCAAAGAAGACAUAGAGCCAUUCCUAUGCAUCAUAUUACCAGCUACCGUGAUGCUCUUCCUGGCAUUCCUGUUGCUCUUCCUCUACAGACGUUGCCAACGUCGCAAUCCUCAGGCUCAGAUCUUCAGCAUUGACUUGCCAGAGUCCCUUCCAGAGCACGAGGUGACAGAUUUUCUCUCUGUGCUGCCCUGGAACAAUGAGCAGAGGUUCCAAUACUCCACUCUCCUGCCUGAAACUGCCUUUUUUGCUGUAUGCCUGCCUCCGUCAUAUGAGGAGGCCACCAUGAAGGCGUCCAUAGAAGAGGACCAUGUUCAGCAAUUUCAGGAGCCAGUGCCUCCUUACGAAGAGACCAAACAACAAUAAGCACACAGAAAUCCUUUCGGUCAGGGUUCUCAGUCUAUUAUGACUUCUGAAAACAAAGCAAGAAGAACUCAAAGCAAGGCAAUCAGUACAAGCACAAUGGAGCUUCAAGGGAUUAAUUUUAACAGCAUCGAUUUCAAAAGGAACAGAUAUUGAAAUAGCUCACCAGGCAACUGGACUGGGUGAAGGAAAGAUUAAAUUUGACACUGUGCCUAGGAAAUUCUUGGAGUAAAUGACAUACAGAUGUUUUAGAAGGUAAAAUUGAAGUGAAUUGGAUUGCAACAGCUGUGUUGGAAAGCAACUAGACUGGAAUUACACAUAUACAUAAUAACUGAAAGGGCUUUAACGUUUGUAAUGCAGUAAUAUUUCUUAGACAUUUUAUGAAUUCAACAAAUAAUCAAGUUUAUAUAUCAAAAUACUACAGAUUAUACAUGACUUUUGAAAUAUAUCUGGAGAGUAAGGUCUCUGAAUGGUACACACAAUAAAUGUGCGGUCUUUUGAGUGUUCAAGAUAAGUGGAAAAUUUGGAGAUUUAAUUAUU